GUGGAAUGCCCCGUUUGUUACAUAUAAGGCAUUUAGUUGAUCAUCGGCUUCCUGUAUUGAGUUUUUGAUUGGUCAAUGUCCUCAAGAACUGCAGAAUUUUAGCGAAUCAGCGCCUGGUUGAGCGGAACCCAAUAAGAUUAUUUGCCCCAGAUCAUCACGCACUGGACUCUGGAGCCAACAUCCUCUGAGAAUGGCUGACUCUCUGAAUGUGCCAGAGCAAACAGAGGCAGAGCCUGCCAGUGAGAUGCUCACAUCCAGCUGCUAUGGGUAUGAGUGUUUCCAGAACUACACUGCACCGGAGGUGUUCAUCCAAGGUCUGGCUGGCACGGUGAGCACGGAGGACACAGAGGCCAUCAUCCGUGCACAGAAAGUCAUGCUGCAGCGGUUCGAGAAGACAAACGCCAUGCUCACCAAUUGUAACGCCUUGUCAGCUCAGCGGCUUCAGAACACCACAGUUGACUUCAAGAGACAUGUGCAGAUGCUGACUGAAAUGAAGAAAGAUCUAAGCCAGGUGUUUGAACGAAUCAGGAAGCUGAAAACCAAGCUUACCAAUCAGUAUCCAAAACAGUUUGCAGAGGCGGCGAACCGGACCGCACUAGCGGAGGAGGAGGAGGAGCCCGCAGCGGCGGCGGCGGACGGAGGCGCGGACGGCGCCACGGGCGGUGUGCGGCGGAGGGAGCGGCCCGGCCGCCAGUCGCGCGCACAGCAGCAGCUGAAGCGUCACUCGUGCCACGCCUCUGUGGCUCAGAGCAGCAGCAGUGGCGGGGCCGGGGAGCGACCGGUGCAGGUGUCCGAGCCGCCGCCCCACAGCUCGUCGGAUAGCGAGGCAGAGGAGGAAGCCAGUGUGUCAUCGACAAACUCGUAACUCGGUAACGGAACCGGAGGGGCGGGCCAUGUGCACAGAGUCGUCCUUGUGAAGGAUUGGUUAUGUGGGUAAUGUAUGUAAUGUUGCUUGUAAGGAUGGGUAUUGAAUAGCUUACGGUGUUUUUCACAUAGCACUCGAGCAGAUGUCAUGUGGUCCUGAACUGCUUUCCGCGACUUGUUACGAACAUAUCACCUGUGUGGUCCCGAGUCAAAAGAGGGACAUUUGCGACGUCUGUUGACAAGUACUUUGUUUUGCGAAAACUUGCGCUUUUUUCAUGUUCGUGGUCAACUAACUAACGGCAUAGUGCGUACUAUGUAGUCCACCUUUCGUUAUUAAAUACCGUAUUUUAUGAUUCACUGAACUUCUUGCUGUUGCAUUCAAUCAGCAAAGGGUCAGCAAAGGGCAAACCUAGUCCGCAAGUGCCAAGUGAUUGUCCAUAUUCUCGACAUGAUUGAAUGAUAUUUGAAUGGAUUGCUUAUCUGUUUUCGCAUUUGAUGCUAUUCUUAUCCGUUCAACCCGUAACAACGAUCAAAACGCAGAUCGCAGCACCUCCAAAAUGACUACUCGGUGGUUGUUACUCGUUAUUCGUUUCGUAUUUGAGCUGGCAAAAUCGUGAGCACGACCCCUCACAGUGAUGAUUUGUUGUGACAGUGCGCACCAGCUUAGAGGCUAUAUCGCCCCCUUCACAAAAUGUGUCUUUCCAUACGUUGUAGCUUUUUGUGUUUCAAAGGUCAAAGGUGCUUUCGAUCACUAAGCGAACUUACAUGGGCUUAGCUACAAGAUAUGUUAUAUUAAGAAAUGUGCGUGUUUGUGUGAGUAUGCUGGUGUAUUGUAUCAUUACCUUCAUUUUGUGUGUGCAUGUGCAAUACUGUAUCACUUUGUGUAUAGCGGACAUCCCGCUGCUUUGAUUUCUCAUGGUUUUUCGUGUUUACGCUCAUCUGAAAUACACCUGCUGCAGAAUCCGCAGCCCAGAUGUUUAUCGUGUACAAAGUUCAAUAUUUAGUUCUGAAUGAAAGCUUUUCAUAAAAAUCGGCAAAGGGCACCUAGUUCAUAAGUGUCAAGUGAUUGUCCAUAUUCUCGGUAUGAUUAAACGAGUGAUUGACUCGCGGGUGAAAAGGCCCGCCUCCGACCAGGCGUCAUCACGGAAGAGCCGGCACGCAGCAGAUUCCACGCGCAUUCCGUUCCGGCAGAUUCCAUUUCAUUCCGUUCCAGCAGAUUCCGUUCCGGUGGAGGGUACAGGAUCAGCUGUUAGUGCACGUGUGGCUUCCACCGAUUGUAAAUGUUCGCCAAUUUAAAAGCAGAUUGAUAUUAAUGUCUAGCGAGAAUAAAUAUAAGUCAGUCAGACAUCAAGCUGUUAUUAGAUUGACAGACAUCGAUCGUAAUAAUUCUACCCGGCUGGUGGCUCGUGGGUACGAUGAUGCUCAACAGUCUACAUUGUAAAAAUUCGGAUGCAAGCUUAGUGAGUUUUAACCACAAUAAAGCAGUACUAAUGCA